AUGUGGAAAAGCUACAUCCAAAACAUUUUGCCGGAAGGAACAAACGGGGUGGUGGUGGUUUUUUCCAGCUUGUGUGGAGGAACGUUCUCCUAUCGUCUGGAUGGUAACAAGGGUAUAUAUCUGGGCGGUGGGGACCUUCAUGACCCCCAAUACAACUACCUGGGCACGUCCAAGACACUCUAUGAUAUCAUGGAUGGCACCAGACAGUCUGCAGAAGGGAGCAGCUACUCGGGGCUUCCCGUGUCCAAAACAUACUGUGUCAUGACGCUCGGCGUCUAUCCCUCACAGGAUUUUGAAGAUGACUAUGUCACCAGUGGCCCGGUGAUCUUCACAACGUUGGCCGCAUUUAUCUUUAUCUUUACAUCUCUGGUUUUCAUCAUCUACGACUGCACCGUUGCAAGACGACAGCGCAUUGUCAUGCAAAGAGCUCUGGCCUCGGGAGCCAAUGUUUCUUCCCUCUUUCCCGAAAAGGUCAAGCAGCAGCUAUAUGACGAACAAACACAAGAACAGAAGAAACAGAAUACACUCAAAGAGUUCAUGACAUUGCAGGAAUCCACCGACAAAGCUUCAUGCAACAGUAGCAAGCCCAUUGCGGAUCUCUUUGAUAUUACCACAAUCUUUUUUGUGGAUUUGGCGGGCUUAGUGGCAAACGAACACCGGUGGAAGUGUUUGAACUCUUGGAAAAUCUAUACGGUGCUUUUGAUGCUGUUGCAAAGCGCCGCAGAGUCUUCAAAGUUGAAACAAUUGGGGGUUGCUAUGUUGCAGUUACUGGCAUCCCGGAACCUCAAAAGAAUCAUGCUUCAAUCAUGGCCCGCUUCGCACGCGAUUGUAUGUCGGAAUUGCCCUGAGUUGAAAUUGUGGGCAAACCCAAGUCCAGUACAUGUAGUAUCCUCUCCAAUUGUGUUGUCCCGUCGCUGUGAUUGCACCGAUCCCAACAGCAGCCAACUUGGCUCACUGGAAGAGAUGGGGACCCAUUGUUCUUGGAGGCACUGA